GUUUGUCCCUAGGCCGCCGCCGUAGGAGCCGCGGGCCGCCGGCGGGAAGGGCCGGGUCCUGCGCGCGCGCCGGGGCUGCGGCGGCGGCGCGCGCUUUUCAACCGCCAUGAGCCUGUGGGCGGACAAGUACCGGCCCGGCUCCCUGGGCCGGCUGGACUACCACCGCGAGCAGGCGGCCCAGCUCCGCAGCCUGGUUCAGUGUGGUGACUUCCCUCAUCUGCUGGUGUAUGGACCAUCAGGAGCUGGAAAAAAGACCAGAAUAAUGUGUUUGCUAAGGGAAUUGUAUGGUGCAGGUGUGGAAAAACUGAGGAUUGAACAUCAGAGUAUAACGGCACCUUCCAAAAAGAAAAUUGAAAUUAGCACUAUUGCAAGUAACUAUCACCUUGAAGUAAACCCUAGUGAUGCUGGAAACAAUGACCGCGUAGUAAUCCAGGAGCUCUUGAAGACAGUAGCACAAUCUCAACAGCUUGAGACAAGUACUCAGAGAGAUUUUAAAGUGGUGCUGUUAACAGAGGUUGACAAACUUACUAAAGAUGCUCAGCAUGCUUUGCGAAGAACAAUGGAAAAGUACAUGGCCACCUGCAGGUUGAUCCUGUGCUGCAACUCCAUGUCAAAAAUUAUUGCACCUAUCCAAAGCAGAUGCCUGGCCAUCCGAGUGCCUGCUCCCAGCACGGAAGAUAUCUGUCAUGUGCUGUCCAGUGUAUGCAAGAAGGAAGGCCUGACUCUCCCUCAGGAACUGGCUCAGAGGCUUGCAGAGAAAUCUGGCAGGAAUCUUCGGAAAGCACUGCUUAUGUGCGAGUCCUGCAGAGUACAGCAGUAUCCUUUCACUCCUGAUCAAGAUAUUCCGGAGAUGGACUGGGAGGUAUAUUUGAGAGAAACUGCAAAUGCCAUUGUCAGUCAACAGACACCACAGAGGCUUUUAGAGGUUCGCGGACGGCUUUAUGAACUCCUAACACACUGCAUUCCUCCUGAGAUCAUAAUGAAGGGCCUCCUGUCAGAACUUCUAAAUAAUUGUGAUGGACAGUUGAAAGGAGAAGUUACACACAUGGCAGCCUUCUAUGAACACCGUCUGCAAUUGGGCAGCAAAGCCAUUUAUCAUUUGGAAGCAUUUGUGGCAAAGUUUAUGGCAAUUUACAAGAAGUUUAUGGAGGAUGGGCUAGAAGACAUGAUGUUCUAACACUGAUUCCCAGAGUUGUUUAUAGUAAGCUGUGGCAUGAUGCUGAUGAUUUUGCUAACAACAUGGCCUACUUGUCUGUGAUUGAUGCAUGUAGGCCUUGUUCAAAGUCAAAUAUUUUAUCUUGCUAUUAGUGUAAAGCACAAUGAACAGUGUUUGCUCAGCUUUAGAAACUAGAUGAAUUGUUUUUAAAGGCAGCAAUUUAAUCUUUAGAUCUGAGGAAAAUGUGUUAGCCUUUCCGUGCUAGCCUUUUGGAAAGACAAGAAGUUGCUUUGGAAGAUACAAGAUCAUAGUCUGUUUGCAGUAUUUCUUAGCUGAUGUUAAGAAAGAACAUAAAUGUUGUGUGCUCGCUUUUUGAUUGCUCAAGGGUAAGGCUGUAAGACGAAGAUGGUUUUCCCAUGUUGUGGUAACUUCCAGUGUGAGCGUUUGUGGUCUGCCUACUUAUGUAUACAUUUCCUUGUUUGUCUGAAGGUGUGUGUGUGCGUGUGUGUGCUUGCGUGCAACAAUGUAUCCUUGCAGAGUGCUGACACCAAAUUUUUUUUUAAUCUUGUUUGCAAGCAGUUGCAUUGAAAUCGUGGAUGAGUAAUACUUUUGUAUUACUUAUAAGUCAGUUUGACAUUAUAGAAUUUUUUUUGUUUAGAAGGAAUAUGCCUAUACAAAGCAAGACAACUUGCCAGCUGAUGCUUCCAUGUUCACCUCAAUAUACAUAGUGCUGUUCAUGUAAAGACUUUUCUCUUUGACUUUUGAUUCUAACCUUACUGUGUUUAAAUUUUUAAUAUCUCUUUUACACUUCAUUUUUAAGAGGUGAAGAGUGCUUGUUAAGGGUAGCAGAAUAAAUUAUAAGAAAGUAGGAACAAAAAUGAAGCACUGAAUUAGUGUUACACCCUUAAGGGAAUGAAAGGAAUAGUGUAUUUGUUUACUUUAAUGUAGACUGGCUUUCAGAAAGGUGGGACAUACUUACCCCUAGUGUAAAUCUUCAAAGAGCCAUUGAAGUAAAGUACCUACACCAAUUUAGGCUGAAUGUCUUCUGCAUGUUGUGCCUAUGUACUAUGUUACCCUAGAAAAGAUCCAAAUCAAUGCCAUUUGUCACUUUCACUGUGCUAGUUCAGACUGUAUAUAGUCUUUUUGAAUUGAAUACUGUUUCCCCCCCCCCCCCCCUUUUUUUUUUUUCAAGCAGGAGUGAGUCUGAGUAUUUGGGGAUUUUGAAUCAGAGUUAGUUUAUACAAAAUGGUAUUUGUGAUCUAGGGGCUUUUCUUCAGUAAUUGAUAUGGAAAGAAUCUCACUCCUUAGUAAUAACUCUUGUCAUCCUUCUAUAACUUUCAAAAGGCAGUAUGAAUCCUUCUCAAAGAGCUAGUGUCAUUCCCAUUUUCUUGGAAUUUUACCAUCUGCAGGUUGUUAAUACACAGCUUGCCUUCAGAUUCAUUCUCAAAGACAGACAGCACUGGCCUACUUCGUGUUCAAACUAAUUAGUAAGUAGCCAUUCUCAUAUCCUCUCCCUGACCUUCUUUAUUUCAGCCAGUCUCCUUGAAACUGAAGAAGUCUAGAAGAUGAACUCUCUCUCCAGUCUUUCCUUCCCUCUCAAAUCCACAGAACUGGUAGUCUGUGAGAGUGCAAGUGUCUUGUUGACUGUCAGUGAUCUUGGGGGAAAAAAAAACAUUAUUUUAUCAGUAGAGUCAGUUCUGAAAUAGAUUAACUUAGCAGAGUCAAUACAGUGGGAAUGAAUGCUUAAAUUCUUGUCCAUUACAAGAGAUAGCACAAGAAUGGAGAAGGGGAGUGUAAGUACCAUUUGCCUAGUGUUGUGGUAGCCCGCUCUAUCUACUUGUGUUCAAAAGCCAAACAAAAUAUUUCACCUUUUGCUUAUUAUAAGUAGGGAAUGUGAUGAUGAUGGUAGGUGACACCAUUUAAGUCUUUGCCCGUUAUUUCUUUUAAUCAGCUAUCCCUGGAAUGGGUGCUAGGGAGAGGAUAUGAAAGGCAUCCUGGGCUACUGGAAAGCUUCACAAAAACUGCCUCCAUGUCUCUCUGGCCUGCUCUCCAAGAGUUAUAGCACCUUUAUGCUUUCCAUCACUUCUCUAUCUUGUUUCAAAGUUCUAUCACUCAUGGUUUAACACCAUGCUCUGUUGAACCAUUAUCAUUCUCAUAGCUGAAGCAUCUGAGUUCAGUGGAUGGUGAAGCAUUAUUUUUCUCUGUAGGAAUUUCUGUAGGAGAGAGCAUGUGUGUAGGGAUUUAUAAAAUGCAAUUCAGCUAUGCAGGGACAGUAUUGAUGUGGAGGAUGGAGAGGCAGGAACAAGGUCGUAAGCUUGUCAGUUGGAGGGGAUUACUGUUGCAAAAGAUCUCAGCUGCUUUGUCUAGGAGACUAAACACCCAACACAAAUCUCUUUGUGGGGGUGUUUUUGCUGCCUCUUUUUGAACUGUUUCAUUUUUAUUGUGUCUUCCUCAGGUGAAUCAAGAUCAACCGAGGAUGGAAAAAAAGGGUAAUGAUCAGGCAUCAUGGAUAGAUGAAAUGACUGUCACUGUUUGAGAAAGCUAUCAUUUCCUUCUGUUAAUGAUAUUAUCCUGCUCCUGCCUCUUCAUCUUUCCACAGUGUGAAACACACAAACUUAAAUCCUCAGGGACAGUAUCUCAUAAGUGUCUGCACACACUUCCCUCUCCCUAUGGUAACUCUUAAGGGAAGGAUUGCCUUAGUAUCCAUCAUGAGCAUUAACUGUUGUACUUCUGGGGAAUGCCUCCUUAGAGGCUAGCCUUCUUAGAUGCUGCUUUCGCUUUUGGCCAGCUCUGUGCAAGUACCACUUGCUUUAGCAAUGUGGAGCAGAAUGGAGUGCCUGGGCCAUGCUGGAGGAAGCAGUGAUUGGGUCCACUCCAUUCCUCAUGUUGUGUAUUGAGAGAUUGGUGUGACAGAUAUGAUGAGCAGGUGGCUGUAAUAGCACAGGGCAGGAUAGCUUUGAAUUUGACUGAAUUCGGUCUUACUCAGAAUUAAGUAGUUGUGAAAAGUAGAAACAGAUGUCUAGGGCGAUUGCUAUUUAUGUGGGAAAGGCCCUGGAGGCAUUUAGAGCACAGGCACUUGAGCAAAGAUGGCUCUUAGGUCUGAAAAGCAUCAGUGAGAAGGGGCUAGAAGCUGUGCUACAGGCUGUAAAGGAAUGCAACAAGUUGGGCUGGAUAGGAAAUUGGUGUAAGAGUAGAUUGGUUAUAUUGUUUCCCUUAAGGGACAAAGGCACUACAACCAAGUGCCUGGAGGUUUGGGGCAGGCUAGAGGGCAAUAAUGUCAGGGAGGAGGAGGUCUCAAGUUUACUAAGCCAGUGCAACUCUGUAAAGAUUGAGAAUCACUGGCCUGUCAUUCCAUCUCUGAUCAAGGUUGUGAGUUCCUUCAGUGCAGCUUCCCAAAUGUCACACCACUCUUCACACUUCAAAAAAUGGCCACUGCUGGCUAAUUUUCAGCCAUAUCAAGCUCCUGAUUUGUUCCUCUUUCCAAGGAACUCUAACUAUAUCCCCCACUUUCCUGUCCCUGGUAGUUUUGAAACAAUGAGUUGUGUCCCUCCAAAAAGUGGGUAAUUAUUAAGGAUGAGAUGGGGCAGAAAUCUUUUUUUUUUUUUUUGACUGUUUUCCCCUUUGAGGCUAAAUAACAGCACCAUAUAAGCCUUUUACCAUAAAAGCAGAACCUUAGCCUGGUAAGUAAUGGCCUCUUGGGAUGGGCACAGGCUGCCUGCACAGCUUGUGUGUGUGCCACAUCCCAGCCACAAUGGGUGUGCUGGACCUAUGCUGAACAGUGCCUGCCUGCUCUUUUUCUCAGAUCAAGUGGGAGAGGCAGUGCAAAUAUACUUUUAAAGACUAAAUAGCACAGGACCAACUUCUUGAUGAUUGCUUCUUAGCUGAUUUCAUCUUUUGAGACCUGGUUAGAGUUGCUUCUGAAUUGCAUGCUGAGAGGAUUACCCUUGCUUUUAUCCAGCAUCACCUCCUGCUAGAUCAAAAUGAAAACUUCAAGUUACUUCCACCCGGGUGGGGCUUAAGCACUGAGCAAGUCUAACAGGUUACAGAGGAAUCAGUUUUGUGCUAGUAUUGAAAGCCAGAGGUGAAACGGAUUUAAAAAAAAAAAUAAUCAAGAAACUAAAACCAGCAACUACUCUAUUUAAACCUUCUCCUGUUCUGCAAAAAACAGCUGUGCAAAGGGUGAAAGAUGAAUUCAGACCUCUUUAUUCCCUGUUUCUGAAGUCUGUUAACUCCUGUGAGAAAUAUUAAAUAUUUUUAAAAUCAGUCUUCUCAGGCAUGUGAGGUAAAGUAAAUAGUGCUACUCAGAGCAUUAAUCAUAAUAAGAAUACGAUCUGAGUGGAAGAUUUAAAGGUAUCUUAUUUAAUAAGUUAAUAGGAGCAAAGCUGACAUGAGAAAUGUCCUCUUCCCUACCAAAAAGGCACCCUGAUUAUUGCAGGUUAGAAGGUAAGGUAGAUAAGAGUUCAUUAUCACAAAUUUUCCUUCUAGUGCAGGAAAUUCAAGAUUUUUACAGUUCAUUGAUAUAAAAUAAUAGGAGUAAUUUGUCUUGUUGGAAAGAGCUCUGGUAUGCCUGAGCACUCUUUAAUCCUUCUUGCUUAAGCAUUUUUUGCCUGCACUAACAAUUAGUGCUGCAUGAAUUUACUGCAUUGGAUUUCAAUCAGUGACCCAUAACAGAAACCCCAAAGUUAUAGUCUGCUAAAUAAAAGUUGCCUUAAGAUGACAGUGAAAUGUGCUUCUAGUUCUUGAAAGUCUGUUUCUCUUGAUCUUUAUUUUUAACAUGGAGGGAAGGAAUGUAAAUAUGUUAGUAUGCAAAAUAAAUUAACCUUUAUUGUUGAAUGUGGCCUGCAGGAUAAUCAUUAGUAUAUCAUGCAUGUUGCAUGUCAAGAAUUAGUUAUUUCAUCACAACUUCAUUAGCUGUAACCUCAAAAUGACCAGGAUUAAAGAGUUUGCCAUUAACUUCAAUAGGUCGAGUAAUUUUUUUCUUCCCCCUCAUGAAAAUUGAAAUUGCUCUUUUCAACUUAACUAGGACAUCUUGGUGGGGGGUUUUUGGUUUUUAUUUUUUUGUUUUUUUUAAGUAUUUGGAUGCUUUGCUUGUCUGAAAUAUGUAUGAGCAGUUAAACAUUCCUUUAAAUGGAUUUUCUUCUGCAUUCGUGUACAGUGUUCUGGAAGAGAUUGCAGACUCUGUUUCAGUAGUCUUGAGUAAAUAACAUCCUAGUUAUUUGAGUGUUAGGUAAUAUUUCAGUGGGGAUGGAUAUGGUGUCUCUUAUGUGAGUGAGACAUAAGAUGAAGCAAGCAGAAGUGCCUGAAGUGUCUGUCUAUCACUUUUGUUGUCCAAAUCAAACUGACACUGCUGAACCAUGUGUUUCUCUUAGCAGACGUGCUGGGGCACCCAUAAGCCCCCAUGUCCUGACAACGUCUUGGUGCUGAUCUUUAGCACGGUCCUGAGUGAUAAAUAGAUGUCAGUCUAUUUUACCAUCGGGCAUGUCUUAGGAACAAGAUGCUGGGUAAUUUUAUCUAAAAUACAUGGCAACAGCUACUGUUGCUGUCCUCUGCCUCCCCACAGUAACACAGUGCUGGCAGCAUCCUCUCAGUUGUACUCAAAUGAGCAAUUAAAAUCACUGUUGGUCCAGUAGCACUAUGUGUGGGUGGCUCAGCAAGAGAAGUGUGACUGCAUCUCAAAAUGUCUGGUUUACUGUGUCAAGAGAAACCUCUGCCUUUGAUACAAUAAAGUACUUCAGCAGGAA